UCAAGUACAAUUUUUACAUUAGCGUUUAUGUUGUUAUUCAGACGUUUAUUAACACACUAUACAGCAUCACAUACUUACCCCAGGUAGUAUUUUAUUCGCGUUGGAGACAGGACAGGUUGAUGUUAUCUAGGUAACGCUAGGUAGCUAGGUUCUAACAAUGGCUAACUGUAUGGUUUUUCACACUCAAAUAGCCUCCAUCAUGGAGGUGCUAGCGAAUGCAGCCGUGGCAGAGGUCUGUAAACUCGUAGACGAUGACUAUGCAGUGUUUCGUUUGGAAAUAACUCAAAGACAUAAAGAAAACAGGGCAUUGCAGAGGAAACUACAGCUACUUGAACUGAAGGUAUCACGGGACCGCGCAGACAAGACGAUGCGAGAGCGCAUUCUCGCCAGUCGUCCCAGAAGUGUCAAGAUCCUCGACCGAUACAGAGGAACCGCAAGAGGUGAAGGACAUCUCACUGGAGGCCACAAGAGCUUUGUGAAGCUAGCGGAACACAAUACAUGGAGAGAUGAUCAACCAAUCACUGUUGAUGAGGGGAGUGGAACCGCAACCCAGCACUUUAUCAUGAUAGAGGAUGCAGACGCUGCAGGUCCUGGGGUCAAGCUGGAGAGGUCUCAAAAAGAGGAGGACCCACGGCACAGCAGAGACAUCCAUACUGGAACGGCUGGAGUGCUCCCUGUAGCCACGGAGGAACCCACCACCGCCCCAGCGCCACCCAUUACCCGACGAAACAUCAUGGAGGUCAGUGGAACGCUGAACGCCGUCCUCAAGUCCGAGACAGAUACAGAGACUUUAACGGGGCUGGACCGACUGGGCUGUCCUCCUGCUCCCCGAUCAGAGUAUUUACUUUACAGUAACACGAGCCCGAGGACGGUUCUGUCCCAUCAGGACUCAUCAGGUGACACGUUACAGACUGGCAAUGAUCCGUCCUGUUCAUACGCUACAGAGAUGAUACCUAGUGACAUGCCUGUCGGCUUAGAUACACAGACUAAUCCAAUGAGAGGGGACUGGAACCGGUACAGUAGUAGUGUAUACUCUGAAGGGUCCCUAGAUAAGAAAGGGGAGGAUCUGGUCGUAGAUGAGGUGACUGUGAAAGUGGAAGGUGACACUCCUCUGACAUGGAAUGCAGACGAGACUCACUUAGGAGAAGGACACUCGCAGGGCAACACCAGUGACUUCUUAGACUACAGGGAACGCUUACAGACAAAUCCAAAUGUCACAACCCACUCCCCUUUACACCCGCUCAGGGAUCGCAACCCAGUGUCCACGUCGAUGGUACCUUCCGAUUCACACGGCCACAUCCUUUUCGAUCAGGUAUUGAACUCAAACAACAGGGCUAGAGCCCAGGCUCAGGGAGGGGGAGCCACAUCAGCCAAUAGUAAAGAGAAACGGUUCCUCUGCAUGUUCUGUAACAAAGGCUUCAGCCGCCCCCAGAAGGUAGAGAUCCACCAGAGGGUCCACACAGGGGAGAAACCCUACAGCUGUACCCAGUGUCACAUGCGCUUCGCCCAGGCUUGCAACCUGAAGAGGCAUCAGAGGGUCCACACAGGGGAGAAAUCCUAUAGCUGCCCCCAGUGUGAAAAGAGUUUCUCCCACCAGCACCAGCUGAAGAUGCACCUGAAGGUCCACAUGGGAGAGAGGCCGUUCCCCUGUGUGUAGGGCUGUUACGGUGACGUAAUACCGCCAGACUGGUGGUCACGAGUCAUGACCGUAGUCAAAUUCCA